AAUAUCACGACAGUCUCGUUGCUAUCGAUCUGUAAACGAUCUACCAAUCGAUUAAUCGUUUUUCACCGACUGUACGUCUGUACGUUUAUGCAUAGAUCAUUUAUUAUCAUAUUAUAAACGCGAUUUCAGACAACUGCCGUUUCCGGUUUUACAAAUACAUCAUCGGAUUCGCGGGCAUUGAUUACGUCAAUCGUGCACACGACCGGAAUCGUCCGGGGAAAAUUACUUAAGCGAUUACUUUACGAGCGGAUGGCCGCCAUCAUGGGGCUGCGAAUGUUCGUGCUGUGUUCGUUCGUCUGGUAUUUUGGACACGCCGCACAAUACGCACCAGUCGAAGGCGUGGACGGCAACGAUUGCGCCGUCGUGCUAGAAGGAUCGAAGCAUUUCAUUUAUAACAGCGGAAAAGGUUCACCGCGCCGUUCGGCGGCUCACAUGUGCAUCACGUACGACACGGUCAACAGAGCUUUUUUAGACGUCCAAAACCGUCACACGCUGCUGGAACCUAAUGAACAAUGGAGCCCGGUGCACUUUGCCAGACUAGGAGAGUUGCUGCUAGACGUGUCGCAAGUGCUCGCAAAAAUGUAUGACUUGAACGCCGACGACGUGAACAAAUUCUUGCCUGCUAUUGACACGUCCAAGACGCUCAUCAGGAACGUGUGCCCGUCGUGUAUGACGAGAGUAGUGUGCAAACCCGGUAAGUACCGUAGGCCCGACGGGCUUUGCAACAAUGAGAAAAAUCCAACGUGGGGCGCGGCUAUGUCAACGUUCAACAGGUUGAUGACACCACGGUUUUCCGACAAGUUGUCCGCGCCCAAGAUAUCGGUUUCCGGUCAACCAUUACCUAUGGCCAGGGUCGUGUCCCGAACCAUUCACCCUGACGAAGGACUGCACGAGCACGCAGGAACUGUAAUGUUGGUUGCCUGGGGACAGUUCAUGGAUCACGAUUUGACCCUGACAGCCACCCCGUUAGAUCCGGUGAACAGAAACGAACCUGAGGAGUGCUGUGGUCGUCCGGACCACUUGAAGAACAAAUAUUGCUACGAGAUUAAAAUACCGGAAGACGAUAAUUUUUAUAGGAAACACAACGUCAAGUGUCAGGAUUUCGUGCGAGCGUUUCCAGGCAUUAAGCCCGACUGUAAAUUGGGACCAAGGUCCCCGUUUAAUCUACUCACCCCAGUGAUCGACGGCAAUACCAUUUACGGAGUAGAUGAAGCGUUUUCCCAGUAUCUUAGGUCUGGAUACACAGGACAGCUGAGGAUGAACCCGGCAUUCGCGAAUUUGGGGCUGAAAGAACUGUUGCCCAUGAAGUUGAACAUUCCGGACGAAGGUUGUAUCAGGUCGAAUGCUUCUCAGUAUUGUUUUGAAUCAGGUGAAAUUAGAGUGAACGAACAGCUCGUUCUCACGUGCAUUCAUACACUGAUGGCCAGAGAACAUAACCGGAUAGCUAAGGAACUGUCGCAAAUAAAUCCACAUUGGAAUGACGAAAUGCUCUAUCAGGAAGCCAAGAGAAUUGUCGUAGCUGAAAUACAACACAUAACGUACAACGAAUUUCUGCCCAUACUUUUAGGGAAAGACAUGAUGGAUAAAUAUAGUCUGACGAACAAAAAAAAAGGAUAUUGGGACGGAUAUGAUUCACAUGCAAAUCCUAAUAUAUUGGCUUCGUUUUCGGCGGCGGCCUUUCGUUUCGGUCAUUCUUUAUUGCCGAAUGUUAUUGAACGCUGGAGCAAAGCUCACGGUUUUAUCGCUUCUAAAAAACUGUCGGACUUGAUUCGGCGGCCGUUCGAUUUGUACAGAGCCGGCGCUUUAGACGAGUACCUAAUGGGCCUCAUGAACCAAGUUGCACAGGCAAUGGACGAUUCGAUAACGCAAGAGGUGACAAAUAAUUUGAUCAAAAAGCCGGGAAAAGGGUUUGGUUUCGAUCUAGUGUCGUUCAACAUUCAGAGGGGUAGGGACUUCGGAUUGCCCGGUUACAUGGAGUAUAGACGCCAUUGUGGGUUGACUGUGGCCAACAGAUUUGAAGAAAUGGUGGGAUUCAUGCCUAAUUCCACUAUACAACGCUAUCAAACGAUCUAUUCAUCACCGUUCGAUAUCGACUUGUGGUCAGGCGGAGUGUCGGAAAAACCAGCUCCAGGAAGUGUCGUCGGACCGACGUUCAGUUGCAUUAUCGCAUCGCAAUUCAGUUUGUUGAAGAAGGGUGAUCGGUUUUGGUACGAAUUGCCCGACCAACCGUCAUCGUUUUCACCGGAUCAGUUACAAGAGAUUAGGAACGUCCGACUGGCGCGUUUGGUUUGCGACAAUACGGACAUCAUUGACACGGUUCAAAUGUAUCCAAUGGUGUUGUCGGAUCACGAAUUAAAUCCGAGGGUCCCGUGUAGGAGCGGCGUCAUACCUAGGAUGGAUCUGAGCAAGUGGGCCGACACGACAUUAGAUACGGCCGAACCCAAUGUUAGACUGUCGAACGUGGAGAAAAAUCUCAAAUCCAGCAUGACGGAAGCAAAGAUACAGUUCUGCGAAAACUGCAACGCCACGGUCGUGGACACUGGGAUCGGGUUGACGGACGCAACAGGAACGCGGGUGAUCACGAUCAUCGAGGCGACGGACGAGCUGGACGGCAACGCGGUGAUGAACUCGAACGCCAUAUUCGGCGGCAACGACAAGAGGUUUAAACGGGGCACCGAAGUCGCUUCGCUGGCCGGCAACGAGACGGCGGACGGGAACAACGACCCGCCACUGUCGGACGAGAUGGUGCUGGUCGGGCUGGACGUGCCCAAGACGACGCCGAUCAAGCGGGACGCUACGGACGGGCUACCGGACAUGACGCAAGCGAUCAUGGAGCAGCGUGUAGACUACGACGUGGACGAGGAGUUCCAGGCGGCCAACGGGCACGGGUUCGAAGCGCCCAGAACCAGACCGGUGAACAACUACCGCGGUUACAGCAGCCGGCGUCCGAACGAAGAACUGGAGGAUGAUAGCGACGACUUUGACGACGGCGACCACAACUCGCACUACGAGUACGUGCCCAUGGAGUUCGACCACAAGGGCAACCACAGGCCGUUAACUCUACCAAACUUUUUGGACUCCAAAAAGCCUGUCAAGUCUAACAAGUAUGGCGCACCCAAGGCACCAACCUAUCAUCCACGGCCAUUUGGUUACAAGAAUCACGGGAGCGGCAGCAGCAGCAGUUCUUCGUCGGCGCUGCACGGUCAUGACUUUGUACCGCUGCGCGGUGGGAGUAGUGGGGGAGGUUUUGGGGGUGUCCGUGGAGGUAGUCCGGCGUCAAAAUAUUCGUAUGGCGUAGGCGGUGGUAAACAGACUGAUGGUGAAUUUGACGAUUAUCAUGACAUACCGUCGCCAUACUCCGGUCGCCCGUUAUCGAAUAGCGACGAAGGACCCAAGUCGUUCGUGUCAAUGACGCGCAGCAACUCCGACGACGUCGAUCCCGCAGACGUAUACAAUAUCAAUCACGGGCAAGGCUCAUAUGAUGUGGUCGAAGACACGCCACGUGAUUACCAUGGUCACUUUUCCGCGGACAGCGACGACGAAGACGAUGCGUACCAUGGUCACGGGUCCUCAAAAUCGUUACCGAAGUCACCGUAUUUCUAUCGUUCUGGUGACUACGCGUACGAACCGUCAUCGACUUCCGUUCAGUCCAGGUUACAUGACGCCGACGACAAGUCCCCGAAGUCGAAAGCCUAUUGGAGGAUGUCGUACGUACAGGACGUCUAGAAACCGCCACGCGAUCAUCACCGAUUAUCACCAAUAACCUGCACCAGUACUAUCACUACCAUUUCAACCACCACCACUAAUUGAGGU